CUCACGCUCUACAUUCUCCUUGACUCUUCUCUUCCAUGACUGAAUCCUCUUUCCCUUGAAAACACCUUCUGUAGCUUCAUACCGUCGUUGCCCGAAAUCAUGGCAGUGAUAAUCCAACUGGACCCGAACAUAUUCGGCACGAUUGUACACUACGAUGACGAAACCACUGGCAAGGUGGAUGGCGUAAUACAGAUUGGUGGAAGGGUCCUGGGAAAGGGUGCAUUCGGAGAUGUCCUUCCCGCUAGGUUUCCUGGUGAGGAUAAGAUCGUCGCCAAGUUUAUCAAGAAAACUGAAAGCCAGCAAGUAGACAUAUGUACGGAGGCCGCAAUCUCGCUAAAGCUUCGCCAUCCUUGCAUAGUGCCGUGCUUCGGGGCCCUCCAGACGGAAAAGUCAGCGAUUCUCUUUUUCAAGCGGAUCCAUGGAAGAACACUCGCUCACUGGGCCGAGAACAUAAGGGCGUUGGUGAACCGCAACCCAAGCGAGGAUGAAGUCCGCCCGAUCAUGUUCCAGCUACUGCACGGCCUGCACUAUCUGCAAACAGCUAAGAUUGCUCACUUCGACCUGCACGCCCACAACGUCAUGGUUGAUGACUCUGGCACGGCGAUCAUCCUGGACUUCGGCAUGGCGCAUGACUACCACUCCAUUAAGAGGGGAGUGUUCAUGCCAGCAUCCUACUCCUAUCCUCCGGAAUGCGUCAUUCGCGAUAUGGGUGUGGAUCACAAGUGUGACGUCUUUCUCUGUGCCGGCAUGAUGUAUCUGGUACUCUUCCGGAGAGGUCCAUUUGGUUUCGUGAACCUAAAAGGAGUCGCACCAGCCAAGCAUCUAGACAAUGUGCUUGCGGGCAUGUGCCAGGAUCCGUGGAAUGGACCGCACAAGUCUUCUUCAGCACUUCAGACCCUGAUGUCCAAAUGCCUCGCCUACAGUCCGGAGGAUCGCCCCGACGCCGCUGAAGCUCUUUGCUACGAGUGGUUCAAGGCAACACCGGGAUAUUCCAAGCUGCAUCUGACGGAUUACGUGCCCAGUACUCCACCAACUGACUUCAGAGAGCUUGACAAAGAAAUUUUGGAGACGAUAUGCAAGCAGUGGGAGAGCGAUACGUAUACCAUGGCCAGUGCCAUCAUCACGAACAGCAACGGACCAGCUGCAAUUGCUUACCGGAACGCACAAUAUAUCUCCAACAAGUUCUUCAGCUCAUAAUCCAAUUGCUUUCGUUCGUCACAGAAGCGUCUUCGCCAAUAUUAAACUGAAUAAAUAACUGAAAACACAC